AUGGCGACGUUUAGGACACAUUAUUAUAAUAAGACAUUUGGUGAGUGGGGAUCAGGAAUAGGACAGUUUGAUGUUCCAUGUGGUGUUACAGUGUCAGAGGGAUUCUCAGGGGAGAUCUUUGUAGCAGACAAGAUGAACCAGAGAAUUCAAGUCUUCACCCUGCAGGGAUCGUUUGUCCGACAGUUCCCAACAGUCGUGUCAGGUGAACUGGAGAUGAAACCGUAUGAUGUGGCCCUGGACGGAGAGGGGAACCUGUGGGUGGUGGGGCAAACAGGAAAACUGUGGGUGGUGGGGGACACUGAAUCUGAGUCUUCGGAAUCUGAGUUUGCUGUGCAGUACAACAAACAGGGCAGCGUGCUGAGGAAGAUUCACCUACAGAAGACAGGGUAUGACAGAGGAGUUGCCGUGGACACCAGGAGGAACCACAUCCUCAUCACACAAACCAUAAUCGCGUACAACCCACAUGGUGAAGUACAAGUGUUCAGGCCAAACGGAACACUUGUUACCACUGUAUAUGUGGGUCAGCAGCAGGGGAUGAACCAGUUCAGUUUUAUUCAGAACCACCCACACUACAUCACUGUAGACGGGGAAGGGAACAUUCUUGUGUCAGACCUUGACAUUAGCUGCGUCUCUGUCUACAACAAGGAGAAGAAUGGACAGUUUCUGUUCCAGUUUGGAGGCAGGGGAAGUGGUGAAGGUCAGCUGAUGCAACCCCGUGGCAUCUGUACAGACGGGGCAGGGAACAUCAUCGUGGCAGACAAGGGAAACAGCCGUGUGGAGAUGUUUGACAAGACAGGAAAAUUCCUCAAACACAUCGCUACAGACAUGAAGGGGCCACAGGCUGUUGCCAUGGCAACACAGGGACAGCUGGGAACGUUUGUCCGACAGUUCCCAACAGUCGUGUCAGGUGAGCAGAAGAUAUACCCACAUGACGUGGUCAUUGACAGAGAGGGGAACCUGUGGACGGUGGGAUGGACAGACUCUGCUGAUCAUGAUGAGUUUGCUGUGCAGUACAACAAACAGGGCAGCCUGCUGAGGAAGAUUAGCCUACAGAAUACAAUACGUAUGAGUCGUAGAGCACUGGCCGUGGAUACCUGGUGGAACCACAUCUUCAUCACGCAAAUCACAGAAGACAGCAGGGGCAACCCACACGGUGAAGUUUUGGUGUUCAGGACAAACGGAACACUUGUGAGAACUAUGGGCCUGGAGCGAGGACCCAAGAUACCAGGUCACAUCACGGUGGACGGGGAUGGGCUACUUUUGGCGUCAGGCAUAUCAGAUGACCAAGUCUAUGUGUACAAUUACAUGUUUGGAGAUCCAGAUGACUUUCUGUUCCGGUUUGGAGGUUCUGAAACUUGGAAUGGAGAUGAUCUACGGCUAUUAAAUGUUCCCUGUGGCAUCUGUGUAGCCGGGGCACACAUCAUCGUGGCAGACAGGGGAAACGGCAGUGUGGAGAUGUUUACUCUUGCGGGAGCACGAUUCGUCAAACACAUUGCUACGGACAUGAAGGCUCCAUGGAGUGUUGCCCUAGCAACGCAGGGACAUCAGCUGGUAGUAACGGAUUACUACGACGACAAAAUCACCAUAUUCCCUGAAUCUGUGUGGCUAUGGAGUUAAUUAAUUAAUUAAUUAA